CAAGCGGAAAACAUAGAAACAGCGCCAUUUUGGCUCAAGUGGGAGCAUCGUUCGCUGCGGAACAAUGCUUGACAUUUAAAUAUUAAAUCGCAAUGCACAAUAAAGUAGCUUCGUUUGUUUAUUUUAAUAUGUGGCCAAAAACGCGCUUUUGAAAAAUGGCAUUUGUUUAAAAAUGCAGAAUUAGGAUUGUGCAACAGAUGACUCUGAUACUUAUACUGACAUCUCACAUACUGACAUUCGUCCAGUAACGCCUUGAAAAUAUGGAUGAGUCGAACCCACCGGUCGCAGCCGCGUCGGAUGGCGACAGGUCUUGUUCGGAGGCCGAGUACAACGGACCGAUGACAGACAGCGAGAAACUAGAGGAUCAGACGCCGGUGGAGGCGGCUGCAGGUGCGGUCGGGUUCAGUAUCUCGCGUCUGGACACACUGAGUAUGCUGAGGCUGAACCGAACGCGGCCGUCUGCUGAAACGGACCUCAAGUAUCUGCACUUGUUAUGGAAACCCGGUGAACUGCUGCAGACGAGCCGGGGCUCACCGGGCAAGAUCACCGCGACCAGGGUGAGGCGGUUGGCCAGAGCCCGGAGGAACAUGGGGCCUGUUGGGAAAGACCUGUAUGCUGUGAAGAGGCUCAGAGAAGCAGCCAAUAGCAAUGAUAUUGACACAGUUCGUAGAUUGCUGGAAGAUGGUGUCGAUCCUUGUGCUGCAGAUGACAAGGGGAGGACAGCCUUACACUUUUCUUCCUGCAAUGGCAAUGAGACUAUCGUUCAGCUAUUGCUGAGUUAUGGAGCAAACCCAAAUCAGAGAGACAGUCUUGGAAACACACCUCUGCAUCUGGCUGCCUGCACCAACCAUGUGCCUGUCAUCACAACCUUACUCAGAGGAGGUGCCCGUGUUGAUGCACUAGACCGUGCCGGGAGGACCCCUCUACAUCUUGCCCGUUCAAAGCUCAACAUCUUACAAGAAGGAGAGUCGCGUAGCAUUGAAACCCUCAGAGGAGAGGUCACGCAGAUUAUUCAAAUGCUGAGAGAAUAUCUGAACAUAAUGGGGCAGAAUGAAGAGAAAGAGAAACUAGAGCACAUCUCAAAUCAGCUACAAAAUACUCGCACCAGAGAACAGGUGGAUGAGGUGACCGAUUUACUGGCCAGUUUUACGUCUCUCAGCAUUCAGAUGCAGAAUAUGGAAGACAGGUAGAGAUGAAUUUAAUGCAACGGCUGGAGAAUUUUAAGGACUAUGAGGGUUCGGUUGGGGAAAGCUAUUUAUAAAUAACACACCGACACAAUGCACAAAAUUUUGGUCAUGUUUAACCUGUUUCACUGAGAAAUAAUGCUUUGCCUUUGCGUUUUAUUUUUUUCCUGGAGCAAUUCUCAUUCCUCUAUUACUUAUGCCUUUCUUGUAGCCAACUAUGUGACUGUUUACUGUCAAUUCUGUAUGUGACCAAAAGACUGCCAAAUAAAAAAAUGCAAAGAUUA